ACACAGAAGACUGAAGCUACAGGCUGACACUGAGGAGAAAGAAGAUAAUCCUGCACAAGAUCAUUUUUACCCUCUGCAUCAUCUCAACCAUGAAGAUGCUGGCUGUGCCUCUGUUUGUCUGUGCCAUGAUGGCUCUGACCAGAGCUGCUGCUGUCCCAGAAGCAGAGACCGCUAAGAGGAUAGGACUGCUCGUUCAAAAAGAGAAGAGUCCCAUAAUGAAGAGGUCUACAUCUUGUCCCAGUGGUUGGACUGGUUACAAUGGUCGCUGUUUCAACUACAUUCCAACUGCCAUGACUUGGGCUAAUGCUGAGAAAUAUUGUCAGAAUUUAGGUGGGAACCUUGCAUCAGUGCACAGCUUCAACGAGCAGCACACCAUUCAGAGUAUGAUACUGCAGCAGGCUCAUGCGUAUCCACUUACAUGGCUUGGAGGCUAUGAUGCAGCACAGGAGGGUACCUGGUUCUGGAGUGAUGGUACACCUUUCAGGUUCAACUACUGGGAUAUAGGACAGCCUGAUAACCGUGCACACGCACACUGUCUGCUGAUGAACUUUGGAGAUCUCAAGAAAUUUGACGAUCAGCCUUGUCAUUACACCAAGCCAUUUGUCUGUGCCAAAAAGCCAUGAUGUCUCUUUGGAUGAAAUAGAAACAUGCAGUGCCAAUCACAGCCACAGGAUCUGGAUGGAUAUGUGAUUUUUAUCUGUGUGUUUUUAUCAUCUGUAACCUCUUGCAUGUAGU